AAACACAUACCAGGGACUUUGAAUUCUGCCUCGUUGUCUUCUAUUAUCUCUCAUGCCAGUUUAAAGAGGUCUGAUUAUCACUAUGCAACGGCCUUGUGCGGCCGGGGCGAUGUAUCGCCAUGCUCGUAUUUCAAGGUCCGCGGCGGCUACAGGUGUCAGAUUGCAGGUCUGUCACGAGCUGUCGACGGUCCAUUUGAAUGUCUACAGCAAGCACGGCCUACCUUCCACAGCUUUUAUAGUGACGCCAUCAAACUGAGGGAAGAGCUACCCUAACUAUGCACGGUCGAUGAUCACAUUCCGCCAUGCUUCCACCAUGAGGGCUGUCCACAUCCUGGACAGUAAGAGCCAUAAACCGUGACAGAACAACUGCUUCGCCGAGGGCGCGCUAGCCUAGUUAGGGUCCUAACACGUGCCCCCCCUUCUUCCUCCUAUGUGGCGAGGUCCCUGAGCCUGUAUGUAGAAUAGUCUAG